UCUCUCUCUUUCUCUCUGUGUGGAGCAAAAUGGGUGCACUUGACUACCUGUCCAACUUUUUCAGUGUUACAAACACAAGAAGAGCAUUGAAAAGGAGAAAAAGAAAACCGCUGCAGACUGUGGAGAUCAGGGUGAAGAUGGACUGUGAUGGUUGUGAAAGGAGAGUGAAGCAUGCUGUUCAAUCAUUAAAGGGUGUGACAUCAGUGAACGUGAGCCGAAAGCAAAGCAGGGUGACGGUCACCGGCCACGUCGAGCCGAACAAAGUCCUGAAGAAGGUGAAGAGCACGGGGAAGGUGGCAGAGUUCUGGCCCUACGUCCCUUACAACUUGGUUGCCUACCCUUACGUUGCCGGGGCCUAUGACAAGAGGGCACCCUCCGGCUUUGUGCGCAAUGUGGCCCAGGCGCUGCCAAGCCCUCAGGCACACGACGAGCAAUACAUGUCACUCUUCAGUGACGAGAACCCAAAUGCAUGUUCCAUCAUGUGAAAGUGCUCAAAGUUGUCAGUGAACUUGUUGAAGUAUCUCUUGUCGGUAGGUUUUGAUCAGCCUGUUACUUCCUUUCAGAUGCAACAGAGGUAGCACUUGCUUUCAUUACUUCGGAGUUGUGUAUAAGUGUGGUGUUGAGUUUCUGUAUUUCUUGUUCAUUUUGUAAUCAAUCAUAUAGCGUUUUGAGGGUGUUUUGUUUUAUAUAUAUUAGCAUAAUUUAUAUUUUCUUCGAGCGAGAUGUUUAAUUUGAUCUUAUAGACACUUAAAAGUGGAGGCUUUGGUCUUGAAUG